AUGAAAGCUGUGGUGAGCAAGUUGCAUUGUUCUUCGAUGGAAGAGGUGAUGGUAGUUAGACGACGGCCACACGUGGUAAACGGCGGUGGUUUUGUGGUGACAGAUUGCAAAGAGAAGAUCGUUUUCAAGAUCGAUGGUUGUGGAGUUCUUGGCACCAAAGGAGAGUUAGUUCUUAGAGAUGGUGAUGGUAUUGAUUUGCUUCUCAUCCACAAAAAGGGAGGAAUGGUACAAGCUCUGAGCAUACAUAACAAGUGGAGAGGUUAUAGUUACGACUACAAAGGAAGCCCUAAACCGGUUUUCACAUUGAAGGAUCCUAAACACUCUUGCUUCUCCAUAACCGGUUCAAUCCGUAUCUCGGUCCAACCGGGAAAUUGCUAUUUCGACGUGAAAGGGUAUUUCCCGGAUAGGGAUUGUAGCAUCAUUGAUUCCACCGGAAAUGUCAUUGCUCAAGUAAAAGAAUGGAUUGGGAGCAGAGACAUUUACAAGGUUGUGAUAAAAGCAAAUGUAGAUAAAGCUUUUGUUUUUGGAGUAAUCGCUGUUCUUGACUAUAUCUAUGGUGAAUCUACAAGUUGUUGA